AGGAAUUUGUAUGAAUCAUACUUUUAUAUUUGAUGGUUGUGGUUAUUGCUGGAGCUUCCCCAAUUUAUAAUGUGAUGGCAUAUGGAGCAAGAGGAGAUGGCAAGACAGAUGACACUAAGGCUUUUUUGAAUGCGUGGAAAGCUGCCUAUGCAGAUCCUAGAAAUCCAUAUUUUGUUGUGAUAGGCAAUGGAGGAAAGAACUAUUUGCUAAGCAAAGUAAUAUUUGAAGGGCCCUGUAGUUCCAGCUUGAAGUUUUUGAUCAGUGGAGGUCUUGUGGCCCCAAACAGAUUGUGGACAAAUCAAAUCGAUACGUGGAUCGUAUUCAAAAACAUACCAAAAAUAACUGUGCUUGGUAAUAGUUUAAUAGACGGCAAAGACUUCAUAUGGUGGGAUUGCUUGUCCAAAAAUGAUGCACCAUAUAUAAUGGAGUUUAUGGGAUGUGAUUAUCUUAGAGUGAAGAAUCUUAACCUAAAGGACAGCCCUGGAAAGCAUUUAGUGGUGUAUAAAAGCGAUUAUGCAAUGCUGAGUGGUCUCAAAAUCACCUCUCCUGAGGACUCGCCAAAUACUGAUGGAAUUCUUAUCUCUGAUUCCCAGCAUGGCACCAUCUCAUACUCCACAAUUGGAGUAGUUAUUGCUGGAGCUUCACCAGUUUAUAAUGUGAUUGCAUACGGAGCAAAAGGAGAUGGCAAGACAGAUGACAUUAAUAUAAGUGGAGGACUUGUGGCUUCAAACAGAUUGUGGACAAAUCAAAUCGAUACGUGGAUCGUAUUAAAAAACAUACCAAAAAUAACUGUGCUCGGUGAUGGUUUAAUAAACGGCAAAGGCACCAUAUGGUGGGAUUGCUUGUCAAAAAAUGUUCUUGAAUAUCUAAAUGAAGUGCAUGCAUUAUGUUGUGUGCUUGGCAAUGAUUUUGGCAAGACAUUGAAUGGGAUUCAUCCAAGCUUGCAUGAGCCUGGUUUAGGGCAAUCUACAAAUAUUAGUGAUAGCACAUUGGAAGGGCUGUCUCAAAUGAUCCAGAAAUUAAAAUUAGAGAAGAGGAAACGAACUCAAACGCUGCGGCAAGUCUUUGAAUCCUUAAUUGAACUGUGGAACCUGUUGGAUACACCGGAAGAAAAGCGCAAGCAUUUUGAAAAGAAUUCAUGCAUUCUGAGGUCACAAGAGGAGGAUGUAACAAACUCUGGUGUUCUAUCGAUCGAAUCUGUCAAGGAGAUUGAGGCUGAAGUUUACCGGUUAACAGAGUUCAAAGCCAGCAAAAUGAAAGAACUUGUUUUGAAGAAAAGAUUAGAACUGGAGGAAGUGUGUCGGGAAGCACAUAUUGAACCUGAUAUGAGUACCGCAUCAGACAAAUGGUGUGCAUUGAUUGAUUCUGGUCUUGUGGAUCCUUCUGAAUUCUUGACUAAUAUCGGAGGUCAAAUUACAAAAGCAAAGGAGGAAUCAGAUAUCAGGAAGGAUAUUUUGGACAGAGUAAACAAAACAGUUGCUUGUGCAGAAGAAAGAUGAUUUGAAGAGUAAAACCAAGAUGAGAACAGGUACAGAGCGGGAAGAGGUGCCCACUUGAACCUGAAACAUGCAGAGAAAGCUCGGUUGACAGCAGUCAAAAUUCCAGGCAUUGUUGACAAUUUGAUAAGCAAAACAUUUACCUGGGAAUGUGAAAGGAACAUGCUUUUCUUUUAUGAUGGGGUUCGUUUGGUCUCUCUUUUGGAAGAGUAUAAACUUUCUAGACAACAAAAGGAAGAGGAGAAAAAGCGUUUUCGUGAUCAAAAGAAGCUGCAAUAUUUACUUCUC